UAAGCAUCUUUUAUAUAAUAUGUUGUUCUAGGAUUUUAUUCACAUUAAGUAUAUUGUGAAACAACAUCAACAUCUCCCAUUUGACACCCUUUUGGCUUCACUGAAUACGCUUUCUGCCGAUAAUAGUUUGGAGAUAAACACUGUAACCUAGUCUCUUACAGCUGCUAUAUCCGAACGAUAAGUCUCUAAGCGUGCCAAAGCCUUUGAAAUUCAAAAUAAAUAAUAUUAAUAGCCAUGCUAAUAGUAAUUACAAGGAUUGUCACUUUCUACCUACCUCGAUAGGUUGGGUGACAUCACGACAAUUUAAUGCGGGGAUGGAGCAACAUCACCUUCGAUAUUAAAAGCAUUGGAGAGAUGUCUUCAAAACCCGGAACUCUAAAUAAGUUUAUUACCAAUGAAAUAAAAAUUAAGAUUGAAACCUGAGAAGAUGUUGAACUAUUUACCCACAUGGAUACUCUUUUUCUUAUUAGAAGCUUUAAUUGUGACCGGUAAACAUCAACCUACCGAGCAGAUCAUCAUUGCUCCAUCUGAACAGCAUCAGCUAGAUUCAGACGUAUACAAGGUCCAACAUGAGUUGAAAAAGGCAGAGAUCGUUCCAACAGUCAUCGACAAAUUUCUCCCCUCGUUUCUCCUUGACGCAGAAUGGCCGUCAGGAGAACGUACGGAGCUAGGGAAUGCCGUGAAGGUGGAUGAUGUUCAAGACGAACCCACCAUCACAGUACGUCAGAGCCACUCCUCAUCGUUGUCGGCUGAGCAGCGUUCCGGCGUGACCUACACAAUCAUCAUUACCGAUCCGGACGCUCCAUCUCGCGAUAAUCCGGAGUGGUCCGAAUUCUGCCACUUCAUCGCCACGGGGGUGGAUAUCUCGUCAUCGGAGUCUGCUGCUCUCCGUUUAUCUAGCUUAAAGGACAUUAUACCGUACAAGCCUCCUGGCCCGCCACCCAAGACUGGAAAGCACAGAUACGUGUUCCUAUUAUUCGCUCCCGCCAACGGCACUACGGACCCGCUUCACCUGACCAAGCCAGAGGACAGAAAGCAUUGGGGCACGGGUAAAGCGAGACACGGCGUGAGAGAUUGGGCAGGAAAGAACGGUCUCAAACCCGUUGCGGCGAAUUUUAUCUAUGCUCAGAAUGAGGAACAAUGAUGCUCACCUCCCUUCGAAAGCAAGUAUUGAAAGUGUCUAAUGGUAUACUACCUCUUACGAAUAACUGUAGAAGGCGUUGGUUCAUGUGCUAGGCAACGCGACCGCUUUGGUUUCAUUCUUUCACAUGACUGGCUACCAUCUCAAUCGUUCCAUUUUCUUAGUCUUGAGAACACUGUCGUAGUAGAAAGAUGAAGGUGUAUAUACAUCUUACGAGUUCUAUAGUGGCACAACACUACUAGUGGACUCAAGGCAAAUAGUCGGGAAAGAAUUAAGGGAGAAAAUUCUGUAACCUAAAAUAGAAAUAGGAAGCAAAAGUUAUGUGUCUAGAAUGUGACCCAAAUAGCACAGAUAGCUCUAUUCAAAAAGUUUUAUGAAC